GUCUUCCUGUUCUAAUGGCUACUGUUACAGGAAGCUAGAAACGUCUUCCUGUUCUAAUGGCUACUGUUACAGGAAGCUAGAAACGUCUUCCUGUUCUAAUGGCUACUGUUACAGGAAGCUAGAAACGUCUUCCUGUUCUAAUGGCUACUGUUACAGGAAGCUAGAAACGUCUUCCUGUUCUAAUGGCUACUGUUACAGGAAGCUAGAAACGUCUUCCUGUUCUAAUGGCUACUGUUACAGGAAGCUAGAAACGUCUUCCUGUUCUAAUGGCUACUGUUACAGGAAGCUAGAAACGUCUUCCUGUUCUAAUGGCUACUGUUACAGGAAGCUAGAGGAACAAAUAGCUGUGUUUCGUGGUCAAAAAGGAGAGUUUUCGAUAAGUAGCCUACAGCUGGUCUACAGUGGAGAUGUAAACUCUGUAUUUGUGCUGUCUGUCCAUCUUAUCUGGACAUGAUGUGCAUCUUUUGGAAAUGAAUGAUUUACCCUGAAAGCAUUGCUCAUAUCACACUGGUGUCGUUACUGUAAAACUAUCUCUCAGUGACUGUUAGCUAGUUUGUCAUGGCCUCAUUGUCAGUCUGUCCUGCGUCCUUGUCAGAGUUCCAGGUUGACCUGGUGUUGGACAGACUCAAACACAAGGGGGCGACAAAGAGAGUUCUGUUCCUCCACAGCAAGACGUCCCGGUACGCCAAGAACAUGACGGUCAGCAACGGCCGAGGACCAGCCUGCGAGGAGCAGGAAGCCUUCCUCAUAGUGAGUUCUCCAAAGGAAAAGACCAUCCCAAACAGACCCCUAGUUCAUACGAUCUGAGAGUAUAGAAAUGGUGGAAACAAUAUGGCCAUCUAAUCAGUUUUCAGAUCUCCACAAGUGUGUAGGGGCUAGGAAUUGGUUUGGAAUUGGGAGACAGUUUCAUCUUCUAACUUUAGGCAUUGUCAAGAUUCUGUAUGCAGUGUGCAUGUGUUCAUGGAUUGUUGUUGCUCUAGCGUUCUAUGUGUAGAAGUGGUGCAAACUCCAGUUACUAAACCAGAACUCUCUGCUCUGCAGGAUGACUCUGAGUUCCGGGACAAGAUCACUCCCAUCUCUGUGUUCAUGGAGUUCACUCUGGACUACCAGCAGGCUGCAGAUAAGACCGGCCUACUGCCUAUCCUGGACCAGACUACCCCCACCAACAUCUCCAAACAGGUACCUAAACCUCUUUACCUAAGGCUACGUCCCAAGCUUUACCUAAGGCUACGUCCCAAGCUUUACCUAAGGCUACGUCCCAAGCUUUACCUAAGGCUACGUCCCAAACGUUACCUAAGGCUACGUCCCAAACGUGACCUAAGGCUACGUCCCAAACGUGACCUAAGGCUACGUCCCAAACGUGACCUAAGGCUACGUCCCAAACGUGACCUAAGGCUACGUCCCAAACGUUACCUAAGGCUACGUCCCAAACGUUACCUAAGGCUACGUCCCAAACGUUACCUAAGGCUACGUCCCAAACGUUACCUAAGGCUACGUCCCAAACGUGACCUAAGGCUACGUCCCAAACGUUACCUAAGGCUACGUCCCAAACGUUACCUAAGGCUACGUCCCAAACGUUACCUAAGCUAAGGCUACGUCCCAAACGUUACCUAAGGCUACGUCCCAAACGUUACCUAAGGCUACGUCCCAAACGUUACCUAAGGCUACGUCCCAACGUUACCUAAGGCUACGUCCCAAACGUUACCUAAGGCUACGUCCCAAACGUUACCUAAGGCUACGUCCCAAACGUUACCUAAGGCUACGUCCCAAACGUGACCUAAGGCUACGUCCCAAACGUGACCUAAGGCUACGCCCCAAACGUUACCUAAGGCUACGUCCCAAAUGGCACCUUAUGUCCUAUAUAGUGCACUACUUUUAAUCAGAUCCUUAUGGGUCCUGGUCAAAGGUAGUGCGCCAAAUAGAGAUAGGGUGCAAUUUUGGACGUAGACUUAGGUAACGUUUGGGACGUAGCCUUAGGUAACGUUUGGGAUGUAGCCUUAGGUAAAGUUUGGGACGUAGCCUUAGGUAAAGUUUGGGACGUAGCCUUAGGUAAAGUUUGGGACGUAGCCUUAGGUAAAGUUUGGGACGUAGCCUUAGGUAACGUUUGGGACGUAGCCUUAGGUAACGUUUGGGGCGUAGCCUUGGGUAACGUUUGGGACGUAGCCUUAGGUAACGUUUGGGGCGUAGCCUUAGGUAACGUUUGGGACGUAGCCUUAGGUAACGUUUGGGACGUAGCCUUAGGUAAAGCACCCUGACUGUUGUGAUCAGGUAUAGAGUAACAUGUUGAGUUCAGUGGCGGUUGGUGCCAUUCAAGAUUAGGGAGGACGAUAUUUUUUAUUUUUAUAUAUAUAAGUAUGGCCUUAUUUCUAUUACAGCAUAUUGGAUGACUGUCAUUCAUAUUCCAUUCAACCAGCUCAAUGUAACAUCGAUAGGUUUAGGCUACUACAUGAUACUCAAAAUUUUCCUGUACCCAUCAUGAGGUUGCUACAACCUAGCCUACAAAUUAAAGUUUAUAAUGUAGGUGCUCAUGUCGAGAGACAAAUUGGAGUAAUAGAGGUGACAGACAGUGACACAUUCAAUACCACCUUGCACACUCUUGCCUUCAUCUAGCUGCUCUGGGGUGUAAUCAUUAGUCCAAACAGGACAAAUUCAGGUAGGUCCUUCCCCGUUCUGUUCCGUUUGCUUCCGUUUAAGAAACAUUUUGCAACAGAAUCGGCAGAAUGAAUACACCCCUGAUCAUCCGCACACACAGUUGACUUUCAUAGCAGCCACAUACAAACAGCGUCAUCACUUUCCUCGUUGUGUAAUUCCUUGUCACAUCUACACGGUCUCCUCCGCUCACCUUUUCCCUUCAGCUGUAUGUGACCAGGCACAAACACCUCUAAGUCAAACCUUCAUACCAUAACCACUAACCUCUCCAAGCCAAACCUUCAUACCAUAACCGCUAACCUCUCCAAGCCAAACCUUCAUACCAUAACUGCUAACCUCUCCAAGCCAAACCUUCAUACCAUAACCACUAACCUCUCCAAGCCAAACCUUCAUACCAUAACCGCUAACCUCUCCAAGCCAAACCUUCAUACCAUAACCGCUAACCUCUCCAAGCCAAACCUUCAUACCAUAACCGCUAACCACUACAUCAUUAUCACCAUAGUGACUUUAUAGUCAACAAAGUAGAACUAAACCCACAAUCAAAUCCAUGUGUACAAUCACGCAGUACAGUGUACAGCAAGCAGUUUAGCAGUUACAUGGCUAAAAAUUAAUAAAACCAAAAGCUUACCUUAAUUUGGAAGAGUUCCUGUGUUGGAUAGCCUUAACCAGCUAGCUAACAUCAAUAGCAUUCCUCUCUGUUUGAGUCAGGUUGUUGAGUAAGCUAAAUUAGCUGCAUUAGCUAAGUAAGUGAAAGGUAAACUAAGAAGAAAAAAAUAUACAACGAAAUAUAGCUCUCUCUCUCGCUCUGCUGCUUCUCCUUAAUUUUGGUAGAAAUUAAUUUUUCAACUGUUCAACUGUUGUCUUUAUCUCUCUUUGAGUCAACUACUCAUCACAUUUUAUGCACUGCAGUGCUAGCUAGCUGUAGCUUAUGCUUUCAGUACUAGAUUAAUUAUCUGAUCCUUUGAUUGGGUGGACAACGUCAGUUCAUGCUGCUAGAGCUCUGAUAGGUUAGUGGAAGGCCUCCGGAAGUUGUCAUAAAAGUCUAUGGAAUGGGGUGAGAACCAUGAGCCUCCUAGGUUUUGUAUUGAAGUCAAUGUACCAAGAGGAGGACGGAAACUAGCUGUCCUCCGGCUACACCAUGGUGCUACCCUACAGAGUGCUGUUGAGGCUACUGUAGACCUUCAUUGUAAAACAGUGUGUUUUAAUCAGUUAUUUGGUGACGUUAAUAUAUUUAGUAUAGUUUUAUCUAAAAAUGAAAACUUUUUUAAUGUUUCACUAUUUUUAAUGAAAUUCACUGAGUAGGAUGGACCUCCCCUUCCUCCUCCGAGGAGCCUCCUCUGGUUGAGUGGUGAGGGAUGGGUUAAGUUUGUUGGGUAAACAAACUGUCUACUUGUGGCAAUGUUUUUCAGGCCCAUAUCCUACUGGACUGUGGAGAUGACAACAUCUGCAAGCCAGACCUCCAGCUGUCUGUAGUGAGGUGAGUUCUCCUCCUUCAGUAUCUCAUGUAACCUAACAUAGCUAGCCGAGCUGUACUGGCCCGUUUACACAUCCACCAUAGUUGUUGGAACCGAACUGGAAAGUACAAUGAGAAGAGAACAUAUCCGAACCAGAACAGUGUGGUUCUGGUUGGCCUGAAAGUGUGGAUCCGGCAUCAGUGAGAUUGUUUUCCCACAGUGACAUUGUUUUAGCCGAGUCUAGAUCUUUUCCAUUAAUUGUCUUUAUACCACGUAGUGACCAGAAGGAGAUCUACAUUGGAGAUGAUAACCCCUUGACCCUGGAGGUGACAGCGGAGAACAGAGGAGAGGGGGCGUACGAGGCAGAGCUACAUGUCUUCCUUCCUCCCCAGGCCGACUUCACUGGAGUCGUACGCAACAGUGAGGUAAAAACUCCCCUCAUGAAGUGUAAUGGUAAUAGAUGGGUAGGUGGUACACAACAGUGAGGCAUAAACUCCCCUCAUGAAGUGUAAUGGUAAUGAUACAUGUCUACAUUGUGUUCCUCCUCUGUAUUCCCCCAGGUGGGUGCUGGACAGGAAUGGUGGCUAAGUUACUCAUUUGAUUGACAUAGACAUUAUCCACUAGAAUUGGUUCUCUGAAGGAAUCCUGGUGGGGAAAAUACUAAUGAGACAUGUUUGUUUGUCCAAAACAACACAACGGUGAUGUUAUGAUGAUGGAACAGAUGCAUUGCACCAGUCAACCUUUUAGAAAACCCAAAUGUAUUUGUCCCUUCCAGACACUGUCUAGACUGUCCUGUGCCUAUAAGACCGAGAACCAGACCAGGGUGGUAGUGUGUGACCUGGGGAACCCCAUGAAAGGAGGAACUAAGGUGAGUGGACGGAGAGCGAAGAUGGUGACAGUCCCGUUGACCUGAAUAGAGAUGCCUGUUCCAGGGAGUCUUAUUUCCAUGACGGUGUUGAGACACCUAGACGUCACCAGGUCCUGGUGGAGUGUACUUGGGUGAAUAAAGGUGACUCUGAUCAGAGUGACUCACAGUGAUCCUGAUGUUGUGGUGUGAUGUCGUCUUCAGGUGCUGGCCGGUCUGCGCUUCAGCGUUCACCAGCUCUCAGAGCAGGACACGUCUGUCAAGUUUGA